AUGGAGGACAGUUCUCCGGCUCUUAAUGUAAAUAUAACUUCAUCGGUUGAGGAGGAGCUUGAAAGCAAAAUCAAGGCAAAAUAUCCAGGUCUCAACAAACAAGGUGUUGGCUCCCUGUUAUUGCAAAAGCGAUUGAAUCGUGGGCAUAAAUACUUUGAUUCUGGAGACUAUAAUAUGGCAAGAGCAAAGAUUUUGCAACAGCAAAAGCAUGUACUCCCUCCUCAAACAGAAGAAGCUAUUCUUCAUGAAUCGACGGGGGAAACUAUGGCUACUCCUGACAGUGUACCUGCAGUUCGUAAAAAAUCCAUUCUAUCUCCAAAUGGUGUAGAGUCUGUGGUUAAUCCUGUCGCUGUUUCCGCUGCAUCGAAGGCUUCAUUAUCGCAUCCAACCGACAGUUUCAGUCUCUUGUCAACAUAA